AUGACUGCUGCGGGAGUCUCUCCGUCAAGCUCCCCGCGGCUUCCCAGUCCUCCUCCAUUUACUGAGGUUCAGAUUGGGCCUCAGUCGCCGUCGGUUGGCGAAUCCUUUGGCAAAGAUGCAGACCUGCUUGGUGGUGCUAUGGGAGAAAACGAUGGCUCGACGCGCAGAAUCCGGCCAGGAACUAAAUCCGCUAAUAUGGGCCUGCCAGCGAUUCCCCUAGAGCAGAUCGAUUCUCCAUUCCAGCUCCAGGAACACCUCAAAGCCCAGUACCAGAAGCUUGCGCCCCAAUACACUAAACUUGUGGAGAAGUACGAUGUGCUUGUGGAGAAGUACGAAGCACUUAUGAAGGAGUACAAUGAGCAGAAACGCAAAGCUUCUGAUAAGGCGGACUCAAAGUACGAUAUGCUUAUGGAGGAGUACAAUGUGCUUUUGGAGGAGUACAAUAAGGAAAACCCCAAAGAAUUUGACGAGGUGCACCGGACGAGCGAGGUUGCGAAAGAGCCGACAGAAAGCUCGGAGAUCGAGAUUGCUAAAGAGCCGAGAAAACCCGAGAGCGAGGUUGUGAAUGAACUGACAAACCCUCCGAAUGGAUUCGGGGAACCUGCUUGGAAGUACGAACUGUGCCGCUUCUUCACUAUAGAAGCUAAUCGCCUCGUCGAGGGCUUUCUCACUGAGAACCCGCCCUGCUCGUCGCAAACUUGUCCCGAGAUGCGAGUCAACGAUUGGCAGUAUAUUUGCGCGGGCGCGGGGCACUCGGGAGCCAAAUAUUGCUGCGCGAUUGACUAUUGCUGCCAUACUCUGGAUUGGGCCAUGAACAUUCUCGCCUUGGAAAACACCAGCCGACUUAUAUCGUCGAAUGAUGACAAAAGCAUGAAGACUUUGGAAGAUAUCUUCCGCCGCCUUUACCGCUUCUUCGCACACGCAUGGUUCCGGCAUCCUGGCGUGUUUUCGAAGGUAGCAGGGCAUAGCGGUCUGUACGUUUUUUUCAAGACCGUUUGUGUUCACUACAACCUUGUCAAGGGCUACACGAUUCCCCUUAAGGCCGGCGGACCCGAUGAAGUUGCGGCAGCCCAGAAAAUGGAAGAGGCCGAGAAAAGGAAGGAGGAAGCCGAGGGAAAAGCGCCCAAGGAAAAACCUGCCAACAGCAACAACCGUUUCACUAUUCUGCGCAAGGAAGGCGAAAAUCCAUUCGGUGCCGCUGUGGAGAGUCAGGACUCGGCGCUUGUCACUAGCGCGACCACCCGUCGCCACAAGCACAGUCCUUCAACAGGAAUGCGUGUUACACCUAUUGCGGAGGAUGCGGAGGAUUUGGAAGAGACUACGUCAUUGCCACUGCGUGGGCCCCUGAGGCUAUCGCCCGAACCGCGGCCUAUCUCUGUCUUGGAAAUACGGACUAGAGAAGAGCCUACUGAGCCACUUACUGAUGUGGGAAACCCCUCCGAAGAGCCAGUUGAGGAAUCUCAGGAACAGCCACCCCAAGAGCCCUACCAGCAGUCAUCUGAACCUCCCGAAGACCAGGAAAAGAUUGAGCAGGUUGAGCAGACUGAGCAAACCAAGGAGCCCUUCUCCAAAGAGCUGGAUACAAACACAGAAUCGCCCAUCGAGAAGUUUGUUCCAGAAGACGAUGAAAAUACUACUUCCUCCGAAGAGGCAAAUCUAGCUGAAGAGCCCAAAGUGGAGAUCGAGGCGGCACAAGAGCCUUCCAUUGCCCCUGAAACCAAACAUGAGACAGAGAAAGAGGAGUCUUGA